AUGGCGCCGGACAUUGCCUCUCGCAUCAGGGCCCGCUUCAUGCGGCGGCGGCACUCCGAGGUGGCACCAGUAGCACCAGCCGCCGCGUCGCCGUCCCUCCUCCUCCGCCGCCGCAGCCAGCCCGGUGGGACGGCGCGCGAGGCUCUGGUCGCACCGCCGCUGCCCGGGCCUCCCCCGGUGCUGGUGGUGGCGCUGGACCGUGGGCUGAAGGACGCCGCCGUCAGCGCCAGCGCCAGCACUGGGGCCACUGCGGCGUCUCCAGCGGGCGGCCCCCAGCGCCUCUCCACCGCCAUCGCCAUCGCCCUCAUCUUCGCCCUCGCCCUUGUUACCACCCACAUCACCGCCUCCAUCGAGACCCCCGCCGUCGCCGCCUCCGCCGCUGCUGUCGUCGGCCCACUCCUCCCCGUGCUCCCUAGCUCUCUCGCCGCUGCCGCCGUCGCCCCCUCGACCAGCGCAGCCUGCUGCUCCUCUCCUGUCGCCGCCUCCACUUCAUCCUGCAUCCACGAACACUCCGUCGCCGCCGCGGCGAAUUUGACGCCCACCGACGACCCGCACCAUGGCCACGGCCGCGACCGCCAACUCGACCAACUGACCGUCGUCGCCUCCUCCGCUGCCCUCGCCGCCGCCGUCGACACGUCCGACUCUGCGCGCCGCCAGAGCACUUUCGCGAGCCGCCAGUCGAGCUUCCAAAAUCAUCUCUACGGUACUCCGUCAGCGAAUGACGGCUCCAACAUGGUGACUCGCAAGGUCUGGGUCAAGCGGCCCCAUGCCUCGGCCACCACCAUUGCCAUCCACGAAGACGACCUCGUCGACGACGUCCGCGACCUGAUUCUGCGCAAGUACGCCAACUCGCUCGGCCGCACCUUUGACUCCCCCGACCUCAGCAUCCGCGUGUGUGCCCGAGGCCAGGAAAAGGACCGCAUCCUGGGUCCGGAGGAGACCAUGGCCCGCAUGCUUGAUCGCUACUACCCCGGCGGCCAGACCGUCGACGAGGCCCUCAUCGUCGACAUUCCUCGACGUACCCCCAAAGCCUCUCCCAUGGCUCCGCCUGCCCCGGGAACCACCGCCUUUUACCUGACCGACGAAGGGCGCCCGUCCGAGGCCGGCGAAGGCUACUUUCCUCCCGUCGUCGCCGUCCCCUCACCCCAUAUGCCCCAUUCCGCCCCUGCCCCGAUCAACGGCGCCGUGGCACACUCGAUUUCCAUUCUCGGCACCGGCCACGUCCCCCCCAUUCCGUCGCCCGGCGGCGGUGCGCGGUCCCGUGCCCAUAGGGAUCGCUCCGAGAGGCCGCGCCUGGUCCGGCAGCACACUGCGUCGCCCACGAUACUGCCAGCCCAUCCGGCCGGCCCAGUGGCCGCCAACGUCAACCACGCCACGCAGCACUUCGCCCCGCGGAUGCCUCACUCUCGAACCCACUCGAGCUCCUCGGACCACCAGGGGCUGCCCACGGUCAAGACGUCCAAGCCCAAGUCGCCGGGGCCUGGUCCGGAGCCGACGCCGGCGAGAGUCGCCACCCCUCCGCCCCGGAUCGCCUCUCCACGGUCUUCUAGCGCCAGGCCGAAAAAGAGCAAGAAGAGCUCCGAGUACCCCGCCGCCCAGACAGGAAGCAUGCUCAACGGCACCGUGCCGCCCAUCAGCGUCCUCAUUGUCGAGGACAAUCCCAUCAACCUGAAGUUGCUCGAGGCCUUUGUCAAGCGGCUCAAGGUGAGAUGGCAGACGGCCAUGAACGGCAGGGACGCCGUCAAGAAGUGGCGGACGGGCGGGUUCCACCUGGUCUUGAUGGACAUUCAGCUGCCCGUCAUGAAUGGUCUGGAUGCGACGAGGGAGAUUCGGAGGCUGGAACGAGUCAACUCCAUCGGCGUCUUUUCGUCCCUGCCCAGUGGGAUGCACGAAGACACGGGCGUCAGCGGCGAGCUCAAGGAGCAGGACCGCUUGGUGAAUCCGACGCUGUUCAAGAGCCCCGUCAUCAUCGUCGCCCUGACUGCCAGCUCGCUGCAAAGCGACCGGCACGAGGCACUUGCCGCCGGCUGCAACGACUUCUUGACCAAGCCCGUUAACUUCGUCUGGCUCGAGAGAAAGGUGAUGGAGUGGGGCUGCAUGCAGGCACUCAUCGACUUUGACGGCUGGCGCAAGUGGAAAGACUAUGGGCAACUUGCCGAGGAGACAGAGGCGAGCAAGAAGGCCUUGGGCAAGUCCAAGAGAGCUCGCUCUUCGUUGUCCUCGUCGACGUGA